AUGGACAUUCCAUCUAUCGAGUUGGACAACAGCGGCACUGGUCCCUUGCGAGUUCCUGGUUUCAAUGGUGUACCCCUGUGGUAUGAACAGCCAAAAGACAAUCGCUUUGCACAUGGCAUUGCCGAUUGGCGACAAAUUCCACAGUUGUUUCUCCGAGAGCUUUCCAUGCUGCAGCUUAUAUCGUAUGUUACGGAACAGCCAGGCUGGGAAAACAAGUGCGAGGACCCGCAGACACUGCAAGAAUGGCAUCAGUACGCCAAUUCGGUCUUCGAAUUUGAUGAACCCUUAUGGCAGUGGUGUGUAAAGGAGUUGCGAGACAAGGCAUCUGAUUUCAAACGCACGGGUUAUAUUGCUGUGCUUGAUGCGGGCUCGCGAGUCAUCAAAUCUCAAGUUCCUGACGAUCUUCUCAACGAGCUUCGCGAAUCCAUGUCUCCGCUUUUUUCCGACUCGAGAUCUCUCUUAUCCUCUACCUCGGGUGAGACACCUGGGAGUGGUUCUGAAAGUCACGUUCGACAUGUGGUUGACUCCUUCCUGUAUCCUCUCAUUUAUGGACGCACUCGAGUCCUUACCGAUGGGGGCAAAGUUGAUAUGGAGAGACCUGGCUCCUGGGGACCGUCACAGUCUCAAAUUUCUGUAAUCCCCGAGAAACCAUCCUCAACUCAUAGAGAGAGGUAUCGAGAUGAAAGAGCCCGAGUGGACCGAAGAGACACCCGGUAUUUUGACAAGUACAGAUACUGGUCGAAUGCUUUUCAGUGUCUUCCCUCUGAGGUUACUUUAAACAAGGAAGAAGGAGCUAAAAUUACCUCCUAUAUCAAUGGUGUACAUCCAAAGGAAAUGAGCAUAUACAAAGCGCUCGAGGGCUUUAUCUCGGCCGCCAUGCAACCGUGGAAUGAAAUGCUUAUCCUUGGAGAUCAAGGUCGGACACCAAUUCGAAUCAGGACUUAUAAUUUUGAAGUGGAAGGUAGUGAUUGGCCUCCUGAUUUUUAUUAUCGCCUGCAGGGCGCGAGUGGGGGAUGGAGACCACCUAUCACAGAUGAAGAAUGGUCUGACCUUCGAUCACAAAUACAAGAAUAUCUUAGUCUCCCUGAGCCCGAAAAGCGAUACCGCAUACAGCCUGACUCUGGGUACCAUGAUCUUCUCGCCAGUGCGCAGCCGUGGCAAUGGAAUUCUCCCAAUUCUUCAGAAGAACUAGAAGAACUGAUCUUAGCAAAGCAAAACCGGAUGUUCGCUGUGAGAGGCGUUGAUCCGGGGAUCUCCUUCACAUACGAUGAAUGGAAGACGGGUGAAAAUACAGGCCGCGCGAUCAUGCCCAAAUUCAGUGAACCUGAUCAAACACCCCCACCUCCUGAUCCAGAUCACCAAUACUAUUCUAUAUCUCUUCAGGAUCAAUUUGAGAGCCUGUAG